GAUUAUUUCAUUUAAUAAAACGAGUAAUCCUAGACUAUAAGCUGAGGAUUAAGCACUCUUCAUCAGUUGCAUCGCGUGGACCUUCCUGUGUUUUGGAAAAGUGGGCUAAUUCGAUGGCGAAAGCACUAAGAGCAUGACCCAUGAGUUUCAGCUGGAUCGUAUAUAAAACAGGGUAUUAUCCUGAGUAGGAAGAUCAAAAAUUCUCAACAGACACGCCAUGCCGGUUUCCAAAUCAUUGCCGCUUCUUGUCAUCGGAGCGGGCACCUGGGGAUCAUCUACAGCCCUUCAUCUCGCCCGCAGAGGAUACACAAAUGUGACUGUCCUCGAUGCAUACGCUGUUCCUUCUACCAUUUCUGCCGGCAAUGACAUCAAUAAGAUCAUCUCGACGCUCCAGAACAGACAGGGCAAGGAUGAAAUGGAAGCGGGAGAGACCCUGCUACGGAAAGCAGUCGCUGGAUGGACCCACGACCCCCUAUUCCAGCCGUACUAUCACAAUACAGGCCUUGUGAUUGCGGCCUGUAGCGAGGCAGCUCGAGAACGACUUGGUAUUCGGACGGGACUGAAGGGCGACUCCAAUCUCGUCGAACUAUCAACACCCGAACACUUCCAGAGGCUUGCUGCAACUGGUGUCCUGAGCGGCGAAUUCCCGGACUGGCGGGGAUUCCUCAUCCGCUCUGGUGCCGGCUGGGCUCACGCUCGGAAUGCACUUGAGGCAGCGAUUAGAGAGGCCAGCCGACUCGGUGUCCGAUUCGUCACAGGGGAUCCAGAGGGGCGGGUGACCAAGCUGCUGUUUGAAGACGACGACGUCAAGGGCGCCGUCGCAGCAGACGGGACGGUCUGGCGCGCAACACAUACCUUCCUCUGCGCCGGGGCAAUGGCCGACGGACUGUUGGAUUUCAAGCAGCAGCUGCGCCCGACCGCAUGGACACUGGCUCACAUCCAGCUGGAACUGGAGGAGAGGGCCCUGUACGAGGGCAUCCCGGUGAUAUUCAACAUCGAAAAGGGGUUCUUUUUUGAACCGGACCAGGAACGCGGAGAAAUCAAGAUCUGCGAUGAACACCCUGGUUACACGAAUACAGUCCACUCAGCAGAUGGGUCCGUCCGUAGCAUUCCCUUUGAGAGGACGCAGAUCCCAAAAGAGUCAGAGGAACGGGUCAGAUCGCUUCUUCGGGAGACGAUGCCCCAGCUCGCAGAUCGUCCUUUCAGCUUCGCACGAAUCUGCUGGUGUGCAGAUACGCCCAAUCGCGAGUUCAUCAUCGACCGUCAUCCGGAGCACCCGUCUCUGAUCCUUGGUAGCGGUGCGUCUGGAAAAGGCUUCAGACUAAGUAUGCGCACAGGAUUCAAAUUUCUUCCCUCGAUCGGCGAUCUGAUUGUCGAUGCCAUGGAAGACAAGAUUCCUCCCAACAUUCAUGAGAUCGUCAAGUGGGAUCCCGAGAAUGCGACAAAUAGAAACUGGAAGGAUACCCUAGGUAGAUACGGAGGUCCCAAUAGAGUCAUGGACUUCCAAGAAGUGACAAAGUGGACUACCAUCGAGGGAGAGAUGUCAAAAAGAUCAUAA